AUGGUUCUCUUUCUCAAAGUACUUGGUAACAUCGGGAACUCAGUGAAGAAAGGCGAUGGCGACUUUUUUCUUCGCCUGAACUACUUCCAUACCCCAAUCGUCCUUGUUGCUGUGACAGUGAUUUCAUUUCUGGUUUUUGUCUUCGCUCCAAUGUUUGGAUCUCCAGCCGUGAACUGCUGGACCCCAGGACGCUAUCGCCCAGCUCACGAGGAGUACACGAAAUUUGUGUGUUCGCUUUACGGCUCUGGCUACAAGUACACACUGGAACUGAACAAGUACCAACAAGGAAUUGGGGUUCCACCACCAAAGCCUCUGGAUCAGAAAUAUCAACAGAGACCAGACUACAGAGUUUCAGUGAUACUCCUGUUGUUUCAAGCCAUCUUAUUCAUCAUUCCAAUCUUUAUCUGGAAGGCUGCUGUUUGCAAUACAGGAAUAACUGUUCCAGAUUUUACAAAUGAGGAAAGUGAAAAGCCAAAAGAGAAGUUUAUCGAACAGUUUGACAAAUACUCCAACAGCUCUGACGAGGAGAGAGAAAAUCUCAAAAGAUGUAGUUCUAGCUUUUGCUUUGGUGUCAAUCGCUUCUUUGGAUGUUUUCUUCUUUCAGUCUUCAUUGCACUAAAGUGCUGGUACAUUGGUAAUAUCUUUUUACAACUCGCAUUCAUAUUUGGUCCUCAGGCAAACUAUGCAACCUCAAUAAGUGAUAUAUUCAAUUUCAGUGACACACAAACAUCUUUUGUGGUGGAAUAUUUCUGCGACUUUAGAAUCAUGGAGAAUAACGUUGCCAUUCACAAGCACACAGUGCAGUGCGUUGCCAGUACGUUUGCUAUCCAGCUCACACAGGGGCUGUACACUGCUCUGGUCAUGUGGUUAGUGGUUCUGUUUUUCGCCAACUGCUACAGCCUCUUGUCUUGGGUGUUCUAUCUCUGGCGCAUUUAUACACCCAUCAAACAAAGUCUUAUGUACACAAAUGAAAAUGAACACCACAUGCAGGAAUUCAUAGAUGACUACCUAAAAAAAGACGGAGUGUUGCUCCUAGGGAUGAUAGACAGAAAUACAGCUGCAAAUAAUGGGCAAGCAACUGGAAUUUUGGAGGGUUUGUGGAAGCAGUAUCUUCGAAAGAAACAUUUUAUUAGAGCCACUGCACCUGACCCUAGUGAAAUGGAUCCUCUAAGACCCUAG